GAGAGCGCCAUGGUUAAAUUAGAUUUACAAGUGCUUAUCGAGGGUGAGAAUGUUUCAAAUGUCCAACCAGCAGAUUUCAAUGAUCACCAAUUCUGGCUUCAAAUAAAAUGUACAAUGUGCCACGAGGUUCACCCAAAGACAAUCGCAAUCAUUCCUUCAGAAGAAGAUCAAUUACCGAACACCAAGGAGGGUAAUACGGCGAAUUUGGUUUUCAAGUGCUCAUUUUGCGGGAAAAGCGCACACGCAAAGGUGGAGAACAAGGGCGCUUCAGCUGUAAAUGUAGAAGAUAUCGAAAAUCACAGUUACAAGAGUUGGUUGGUACUAGAAUGCAGGAACCUCGAACCAAUCGGAUUUGAAGCGAGAGACGACAACUACAUAUGCACUAGUUCCCUCAGUGAUACUAAGUUCGAGGAUGUCACACUCGAUGGUGAAUGGAGUGACUACGACGAAAAGUCCGGUGAAUCCGUCGCUAUCGAGGGGUACAAGUUCAGAUUUGUGAAAGUGAAGUAACUUGGAGUGAGACGCUAAUGCAAGUUCCCCAAUUCCCUGCAUACAUAAGAACAUACAUGCAUUUUUAAUAACGGAAUAAUUUUAUGUGACAUAAUGCUUCCUUAAUACAUUGUACACUAAAAUAGUAACAUUACAUUGUCUUUUGACGCUCUCCGAUGAAUAAGUUUACCCGCUUGACAG